CAUAGACGAAGGUUGUUCGUCGUUCAGUUUAACCCUCCGCGUGGUAAGAAGUGAGUAGUCUGUGGCGUUAUAAGAUUUUUGUCAACUUGUUUUGGCUUUGCGAAGAUAUUCGGAAUGGAUUAGAUUAGAAAAUGCCUCACCCAGAUGCUGGUACCAGCGGUUCCAGCUCAAUAAGAAAGACCAAUAGAAUAAUUUCUACAGCCGCAGAUUCGUGGACCGGCCCGUCAAAAAUUCAGUGCUGUGUGCCUGAAUGCGGCAACAACGAACAAGGCCAGCCCGGGAAGGUGUACUACGCGUUCCCCAAGGAGACAUUAUGGCGCUCAAAAUGGCUACAUCUGAUCAACCGACCCGACAUGCAACCGACAGCUGAUGACCGUGUCUGUUCAGACCACUUCUCCCCUAAUCAGUACACCGUUAAGAGAGCGUUGAGGGGGGACGCACUGCCCACGAUCGACAAGCAGCCAACGGCAACGCCUCUACUGAAAAGGAAACCAGAAGAUAAAAACAUACAAACAAACAGCAAACAACCCCGUUUAGACACACAACCCAACAAAGAAACUGAAGCAAUUAUACUUAUCAAAAUAGAACCGGAAGAACAAACUACAGACUUAAUCAUCAAAGAAGAACCAGUCAUCGAAGAACCUUUAAACAUAGAAAUCCAAUGUCGAGACAAUGAUCCUCUAGCUAUUCCCAACGCAGAACCAAAAAAAGAAAACUUAAUCAACGUCAAAGAAGAACCAAUGAUAGACACAACUACUGAAACAACAAUACAUAUCAAAAUAGAACCAGAUGAACCGACUACACUCAAUGUAGAUCCAAAAGAAGACUUAAUAGGCAAAGAAAAACCUUUACACAUAGAAACCCAAUGUAGAGACAAAGAUCCUCUAGCUAUCAAACCUGAGACUGUACGCACUACAGCAACUCAAACAUUUUCUCGUAAAAAAAUGUACCUAAGCGUUGCUUGUAUCACCAGUGCUGAACAGAUAAAUCUAGCGCAAGGAAUCAAUGAACAAAAGGCAACCAAGCCAGCUCAAACACAAACUACGACACCUCUUCUAGCGCACUUCACAGAUCCAAUAAAAAAAAAGAUGAAAGCUGAAAUUAGAGAAGCAAACAGAAAAACUAAGAUGUUGAGCAACGCUUCAAUGGACAAGAGUAGAUUCAUGCAAUGUUGUGAUAACUAUCUAAAUGAGAAGAUCGCUCAUAUUGUAAAGACGCACUCACAUAUACAAGAGAAAUUUAAAGGGAACCGAUACGGAUCUGAUUUCAAAGUAUUUGCUCUGAAUUUGUGUCUAAGCAAUCCGGAAUCUUACAGAUUUGUUGAGAAGAUCUUCAAUUUGCCAUCCAAAACCACGCUGCAACGAUUACAAAUGCCAGCCAGAACUGGAACUAAUCCAAAUCUGAUAGAAUACUUGAAAGUAAAAGUGAGCAAGAUGUCAGAAAAGGAGAAGUUGUGUGCUUUAUGCUUUGAUGUGAUGAGAGUAAGCAAGAAUCUUUGGUACGAAGUGAACAAUGACUUUCUAUGUGGGAUGCAAGAGAUUGAUCAAGUUUUAGGGCCUGAGCCGGCUGAAUAUGCCGCUAUGCUGAUGAUUAGAGGUUUAUAUACGAAGUGGACGCAGCCUGUUUCAUUCUCAUUCAUGACAGAGAAGCGUCGGUAUCCGGAGCUGAAGGAAUGGCUUCACAGGAUCAUAGGAAUAAUGUCUGAUAUAGGACUGAAUGUCAAAGUGAUAGUAGCCGAUUUAGAGAAUGACUUCAUGGACAUUUCUUUACCAAACGGUGAACACUAUUUUGAAAUGGACGAGAGAAUUAUCUACCAGUUUUAUGACGUGAGGUACCUCUUUAAGAGUGCUAGAGACGCGCUUAUGAAAAAUAACUUCCAUAUCGAGUCAAAAGUUGCUCAAUGGAGUCAUAUACUAAAGGUUUAUGACAAAGACAGCGAUCAUGAUUUAAGUCUGAUGCCUAAAAUCACGGAUGCACACGUAAGACCUUCUGGAGAUGCCUUAAAUGAUGUCAAUUUGGCAAUUCAAAUAUUUAGCAAUAGCGUCGCCGCUGCGAUGAACUUCCAUGUUAUUUCUAACAUGGCUAACCAGAAAAUUAAAGAUACAGUGGAAUUCAUAGCCAAAAUGAGCAGUAUUCUCGACGAGUUAGCUCCAAAAUCUCUGGAUAAUGCUUAUAAAGGAACGGACCAUCAGAAUAAAAUAUUAUCUGAUGUUUUACAAUAUCUAGAAGAAUUAAAAGUAAAAGAUAAGCGUGGGAAUGAAAUUGAAACUCAAUUCGUUACUGGAUUAAAAGUUAAUAUUAAAACAGCAGUAUCUCUAUUAGAAGAGUUAAAGAAGGAAAACCUUCAAUACCUUCACACGAAAGUUUUAAGCAAGGACUGCGUAGAAGUGUAUUUCGAUGAAUGUCGACGCCUAGGAGGGAACUGCUGUGAGAAACCAACACCUAUCAUGUUCGCUCGUUCCUUCCGUCGCCUAUUUCUAGUAAAUUUAGUACAUAAAGAUAUAGAUGGUGACAGCGAAGACUUGAAAUCAACGUUGUACAAAAUAAGCGAAUACAUGAUAACAGACACUGAAAAGAAAGAUGAACUCGAAGUUGACCGAUUGAAACGAAUAUUGGGUGCUGGAGUCAGUGAUAUUAAAAUACAAUGGCCGACAACUGAAUAUAUAGCUGGAUAUCUAAUUUGGAAGUGUCUAGAGAAGCAUCCUUGUGAGAAAUUUAUAGAAAAACUGAGCACACAUUAUGAUAUCCCUGUUGAAGAAAACAUGGCGACGCUACUUCAAAAUUUUCGACAGUAUAACGCAGAAAACGUAAAUAGCGUAUAUCUCCUAAAACCUCCAGGUUACCUGGUAGAUUUUGUAGACCUAAUGGAUCAGAAAUAUUGCGAAUAUUUCACUAAACAGGACAAAGAUCCCAUGUAUUUCGCUUGGAACACAUAUAAAUUUAUGGAGGAAGAUACUUUCGAAUUGCCGUGUGAAUGUUUUCCUUUGAAAUUUAUGAAGAUUUUGUUUAUAAGGUUGAAGAUUGAACAUUCUGUUCGAGAGCAUAAUAAGUAUAGUAAGAAUCCCCGCAAACCAAGACAUCUGCAGAGGAAACAAAUCAGUAAGAAGAGUAAAUAAAUUUAACUAGAGGUAA